AUGUCCAUCUCGCGUGUCAUGGCGGAACCCCACUCGGAUACCCGUCGAACCGUCAAGCUGGACCUUCACACCGACGCUGACAAAAGCGUUUCCGCGAUUGUACACGAGGACCUUGAUGGCGGCAAGUCCGUCCACAACGACUUGGGCGUGCUCACUACCCUCCGCAAAAUCAACGAGAAGAUUGGUCCCGCCCUCGUCGCCCAGAACUUUGACGUGACGCGGCAGCAAGAGAUCGACCAGUUCAUGCUCGCCCUGGACGGCACCGACAACAAGAACGUGCUCGGAGCCAACGCCAUUCUCGGCGUCUCGCUCGCCGUCUGCAAGGCCGGGGCCGUCCGCAAGGGACUCCCCCUCUACAAGUACAUCGCCGAGCUGGCCGGCAUCGAUAAGGUCAUCCUUCCCGUGCCCGCGUUCAACGUCAUCAACGGCGGCUCUUACGCUUGCAAAAAGCUAGCCGUCCAGGAAUUCAUGAUCCUGCCCGUCGGAGCGCAGACGUUCGCCGAGGCCAUGCGGAUGGGAUCUGAUGUCUACCACCACCUAAAGACGGUGAUCCAGAAGCGCCGCCUCGACGCGACCGUCGGAAACGACGGAGCCUACGCCCCCAACAUCAAGAAGGACAAGGAGGGCCUCGACCUCCUCAAGUCGGCCAUCGAGAAGGCAGGCUACACCGGCAAGAUUAAAAUCGGCCUGCGUACGAAGCGCAGCCAGAAGCAGGCCCGCGAGCUCGUCAAGCACUACAAGUGGUCCAUCGAGGGAUACCCGGUCGUCUCCAUCGAAGACGGCUUCGACCAGGACGACUGGGAGCACUGGGGCAAAUUCAUGGGGAGGACGGAUCUGCAGCUCGUCGGCGACGACUUGACGGUGACCAACCCGAAGCGAAUCCAGACGGCCAUCGACAAGAAGAGCUGCAACUGCCUUCUGCUAAAGGUCAACCAAAUCGGCUCCGUCACCGAGUCGAUCGAGGCGGCCACCCUCUCGCGCAAGAAUGGCUGGGGCGUGAUGGUCUCUCAUCGGUCCGGCGAGACGGAAGACACCUUCAUCGCCGAUCUCGUCGUCGGGCUUGCCGCAGGACAGAUCAAGACAGGUGCCCCAUGCCGCUCCGAGCUCCCGAAAUACGAAAGGUUCAAGCAAAUCGAGGAGGAGCUGGGCUCGGAUGCCGUCUACGCCGGCGUGCACUUCCGCAACCCCCAAGGCAAA